UCCCGCCACGAUGGCACGCAAGCUCAUGUACCCACGGAUCCUCGCCGUGCUCGCACUCGUCAUGGCGGCGGCGUGGACGCCGUGCUCCGCCGACCGGACAGUGUCUACCAAAGCCACAGCAGCGGCAAGCGGAGAAAGCGUACCCGUCCGAGCUGCGGCAGUUGCGCCGGUAAGUUCGACAGUCGCCGUACCCGCAGCCGGUGCAGCGACGACGCAAGCCACGGCCACGACGUCCAAGAAGAUCCCGCUGGCGCCUCCGGACGUGGUCGAGCCGGCGGCGGAGGUGGUGUCCGCGCUGCCGGUGCCGGUGCCCGAGACUCUUCCCAGCUCAGAAGGCCUUGGCUUCGGCAGCAACGGGUUCAACGGUGGCCAGGGCGGCUUCGGAUGCUGCGGAGGGUUCGGGUACAACGGUGGGCUGGGCUACAAUAACGGGCCGUUCUUCUUCAACUCGGCGCCGGCGAGAAGAUUGAGCCUGAGGAGCAUGGCGACCGGAAAUGGCCUCGCUGUUCUUCUGGUUGCUGGUGCUGCAGCCAUGUUUUAUGAAGCUAGUCCUUGGGACCCAUGCACGAAGAGUUCCUGGAUCGAGUAUGGUAGCGACAACAUCGCAUCUUCUUCUCCGUAUCCAACGUGCAUCCCCUCCACGAUGGCUGGCAACCUCAUGUACCCACGGAGCCUCGCACUGGUCGCAAUCGUCAUGGCCGUGUGUUGGAUCUGCUCACUUCCGCCCUGCUCUGCGGACGCGAUGGUGCCGCCAAUGACCACGGCAGCGGCCAGUGGAGACAACGUACCCGUCCCCGCUGCCGUAGGUGUGCCACUGGGUUCACCGGCUGCCACACCUGCAGCCACAGCAGCGACACCAGCGACGACCGCAGCGUCCAAGAAGAUCCCAUUGCCGGUGCCCGAGACACUUCCCGGCGCAGAAGGCCUCGGCUUCGGCGGCGGGUACGGCGGGCAGACGGUGCCGGGCGGCGGCCUCGGCGGGUUCAACGGAGACCAGGGCUUCUUCGGCGGGUGCUGCGGAGGCUUCGGGUACAACGGCGGUCCUGGGUAUAACAACGGGCCGCUGUUCUUCAACUCGGCGCCCGCAACAGGAUUGAGGCUGAGGAUGGUGGCGACGGGAAACGGCUUGGCGCCUCUGCUGGUGGCUGGUGCUGCAGCCAUGUUUUACGCGUGAUUCGUAUUGUAUUUUACUUCUUAUUUUUUGCUGCACCGAGAAGGCAUAUAUGUUUGCAUCAUCAACUAAUAUGUAUCACAUUCACAGCUUAAAUAUUUAAAGUAAGUACUUACAAAUAAA